GUGAGAGGUCACGAGAGCUAUCUCGAAUCGGUGUGUUAUCAAAGAUUGGUUCGGUAGAGAUGCUUCAUUCGUUCCUCCCCAGCGUCUGCUUCGCCCUUCCAUCACCCUCUACAGCUCCAGCCAGCAUGUCGCUCUAACUCCUCCACCUCCACUCCUCCUCUGGCGCCCACAACAUGCCCUUCCCUCACACUCCGUCCCCACCCGCCCUCUUCCCCACCUACCUACUCCCCUCCCUCCCCUUCCGCCGCCGCAAAUCCAGCACCGACAGCAACGCCUCCACCCUCACCACCUCAUCCACCGCCUCCUCUUCCCCUCCCACCACCACCUCGCUCCUCACAGGCCACACCUCGCAUCUCCGCUGCGCCCGCUGUGCCGCCGAUCUCGCCCUCUCCACCCAGAUCAUCAGCAAAGGUUUCACAGGCCGGCACGGACGCGCCUACCUCGUCGCCCCCUCGGCCAGCACUAGCAUCAGCAACAACCCGAUUGGACUCGGUAGCGCGAAGGCCAAAAACGACGCUCUGCCUAAUUUGCCUAACACGUACACGCAUAAACCCGUUCCGCGACAACUGGUUACAGGAGCGCAUACGGUCGGCGACAUCAGCUGCGCGCAGUGUGGGAGUCUGCUGGGAUGGAAGUACGUCGCUGCUGAGGAGGAGGCGCAGAGGUACAAGGUUGGGAAGUUCAUCCUUGAAACGAAGCGGGUUUGUCGGACGAGUACGUGGGAUGGAGAUGAGGGGGAUGGGAACACUGGUUUGGGAUUUGGGGGAAACCGACGAGACUCUCUACCUCCGAAUAUGGUGAAGGAGGUGGAGGAGCUUGAGUUUGACAGUCAGGACGAGGAUGAGUGCGAGGAUUUGUUUAUGGGCAUCUGGACGCCGCAGUUGGCGGCGCAGAGGCGGAAGAAGAACCGCUUUUGAAGGGACCCGAUGCUUUCUGGAUCUGGAGUUCGUUGGACUUGUUCAGUGUCUUUUGGUGAUGGGAUGGCGUUGGACGGCGUUGCAAUACACGACGAUACCCCUGCAUAACGAUACCCCCUGCAUUGACAGCGACU